CGCCCCCUCCCCGUUCCCCCCCGCGGUCCUCGGCCAUUGGCUUGUCCUGCUCUCUUUUUCAUGUCCAGCCCCCGAUGAGUGUCCAUUGGUGUUGCCUUCGCCUUCCCUCCUCCCCUCUCCCCGGCUCGCCCUGCCCAUGUUUUGUAUGUCUCUGUCCAUCCAGGCUCCUGACGUUCAAGUUCGCGGGGACGUCACGUCCGCACUUGAACUUGCGGCUCAGGGGGGCUUUUGCCAUUUUUUUCAUCUCGCUCUCUCUCUUCUUCCCUCUUUCCCUCUCUCUCUCUCUCUCUCUCCCUCUCUUUUUUUUCCUCGCACAAAAAAAAAAAGCCAUGACUGCUAUCCCACAAUUCAUCUUCCCUGCGCCAUCUUUGUAUUAUUUCUAAUUUAUUUUGGAUGUCAAAAGACAUUGAUGAAGAUAUUUUCUCGGGAGCCUCCUUCCUCCGCAGCCCGGCGCUCCCGAUGUGAGCCGCGCGCUCCGCCGCCGCCAGCCCACCAUGUCGCGCCGCAAGCAGGGCAAGCCCCAGCACUUAAGCAAGCGGGAAUUUUCGCCUGAACCUCUUGAAGCCAUUCUCACCGAUGAUGAACCUGACCAUAGCACGUUGGGAGCUCCAGAAGGGGACCAUGACCUCCUCACCUGUGGCCAGUGUCAGAUGAACUUCCCGUUGGGGGACAUUCUUAUUUUUAUUGAGCACAAACGGAAACAAUGCAAUGGCAGUCUCUGCUUAGAGAAGGCUGUGGAUAAGCCACCCUCACCCUCACCAAGCGAGCUGAAAAAAGCAUCCAAUCCCGUGGAGGUUGGCAUCCAAGUUACGCCAGAGGAUGAUGAUUGUUUGUCAACGUCAUCGAGAGGAAUUUGCCCAAAACAGGAACACAUAGCAGGUAAAGAAGAGCCCAGCAGCUACACGUGCACGACUUGUAAACAACCUUUCAACAGCGCCUGGUUCCUCUUGCAGCAUGCACAGAACACGCACGGCUUACGGAUCUACCUAGAAAGCGAGCAUGGCAGCCCCCUGACACCACGGGUUGGUAUCCCAUCAGGACUAGGUGCAGAGUGCCCUUCCCAGCCACCUCUCCAUGGGAUUCACAUUGCAGACAAUAACCCUUUUAACCUGCUCAGAAUACCUGGCUCGGUCUCGAGAGAGGCGUCAGGGCUGGGAGAAGGGCGAUUCCCACCCACGCCGCCCCUCUUUAGCCCUCCCCCGAGGCACCAUUUGGAUCCGCAUCGCAUAGAGCGCCUGGGUGCCGAAGAAAUGGCUCUGGCCACCCAUCACCCUAGUGCCUUUGACAGGGUGCUGCGACUGAACCCCAUGGCGAUGGAGCCCCCUGCUAUGGAUUUCUCCCGGCGGCUGCGGGAGCUGGCCGGCAACACCUCCAGUCCGCCCCUGUCCCCGAGCCGGCCCAGCCCUAUGCAAAGGCUGCUGCAGCCCUUCCAGCCUGGCAGCAAACCCCCGUUCCUGGCCACACCACCUCUUCCUCCUCUGCAGUCCGCUCCUCCUCCCUCCCAGCCACCAAUGAAGUCCAAGUCCUGCGAGUUCUGUGGGAAGACCUUCAAGUUCCAGAGCAACUUGGUGGUCCACCGCAGGAGCCACACUGGGGAGAAACCCUACAAGUGCAACCUGUGCGACCAUGCCUGCACUCAGGCCAGCAAACUGAAGCGCCACAUGAAGACACACAUGCACAAGUCAUCACCCAUGACGGUGAAGUCCGAUGAUGGGCUCUCCACUGCCAGCUCCCCUGAGCCCGGUACCAGCGACCUGGUUGGCAGUGCCAGCAGUGCCCUCAAGUCAGUGGUGGCCAAGUUCAAGAGUGAGAAUGACCCCAACAUGAUCCCCGAGAAUGGAGAUGAGGAGGAAGAGGAAGAGGAGGAGGAGGAGGAGGAAGAAGAGGAGGAAGAAGAGGAGGACUUGACCGAGAAUGAGAGGCCAGAUUAUGGCUUUGGGAUGAACCUGGAGGCGGCCCACCACCACGAGAACAACUCGCGGGCCGGAGAGGAGAGCCGGUCGAUGCCAGAUGUCAUGCAAGGUAUGGUUCUCAGCUCCAUGCAACACUUCAGCGAGGCCUUCCACCAGGUGCUGGGGGAGAAGCACAAACGGGGCCACCUCUCCGAGGCCGAGGUACACAGGGACACUUGCGAUGAAGACUCGGUGGCUGGUGAGUCCGACCGCAUUGACGACGGGGCGGUCAACGGCCGGGGCUGCUCCCCUGGGGAGUCUGCCUCAGGCGGCCUGUCCAAAAAGCUGCUGCUAGGUAGUCCCAGCUCCCUGAGCCCCUUCUCCAAACGCAUCAAGCUGGAGAAGGAGUUCGACCUACCCACCGCCGCCAUGCCCAACACCGAAAAUGUUUACUCGCAGUGGCUGGCUGGCUAUGCUGCCUCGCGGCAGCUGAAGGACCCCUUCCUCAGCUUUGGUGACUCCCGACAAUCGCCCUUCGCCUCCUCCUCUGAGCACUCAUCAGAGAAUGGCAGCCUGCGCUUCUCCACGCCGCCGGGAGAGCUGGAUGGUGGCAUCUCGGGCCGAAGCGGCACGGGAAGUGGAGGGAGCACCCCGCAUAUUAGUGGCCCGGGCCCUGGCAGGCCCAGCUCAAAAGAGGGCAGACGCAGCGACACUUGUGAGUACUGUGGGAAAGUCUUCAAGAACUGUAGUAAUCUCACUGUCCACAGACGGAGCCACACGGGCGAGCGGCCCUAUAAGUGUGAGCUUUGCAACUACGCCUGCGCCCAGAGUAGCAAGCUCACUCGGCACAUGAAAACACAUGGUCAGGUGGGAAAGGACGUUUACAAAUGCGAGAUUUGUAAGAUGCCUUUUAGCGUGUACAGUACCCUGGAGAAACACAUGAAAAAAUGGCACAGUGAUCGAGUCUUGAAUAAUGAGAUAAAAACUGAAUAGAGGUAUAUUAAUACUCCCCGUCCCUGCCCCGGCUCCCUGUAGAGGUUUUUUAGUCCCUUGUGAUUAAACUAAUGGAAGCUAAGGAAAUUUGGAAAGUGCUUGUCACCAGCACACCUGUUUAUUUUCUUUUUGUUCUCACCGUUUGAAUGCAUGAUCUGUAUCGGGGCAAUACUAUUGCAUUUUACGCAAACUUUGAGCCUUUCUCUUGUGCAAUAAUUUACAUGUUGUGUAUGUUUUUGUUUUUGUUUUAUUUUUUUAUUUUGAAUUAGACAGCAUGUAUGGUAUGUUAUGGCUAUUUUUUAAAUUGUCCCUGAUUAGUUGCUGAGCAAACAUGUCGCUGUUUCCAGUUCCGUUUGGAAAAAAAAAAAAAAAAAAAAAAAAAAAAAAAAAGAAAAAAAAA